AUCACCCUUUUUAAAGCGGCUCUUGAUUAUCCUGACGUCACAUUGUUACAAUCAGUUCAAAUGCCAAUUAAAGUAAUGUUACAUGUACAUUGCAAGAGCAGUGCUUAUAAAUGACCUAUAUUUAAGAAGAAAAUGCCUGACAGAUAUACUGUUGACAUGGCGAAACAUCUGACAGAGUUCUAGUUGUUAUAAAUUAUAAUUUUAGAGCAUGGAGAGAAAAGGGAACCUUUACAGAUUACUGAAUGUUGGAGAAGAUUAGAUGGUCAUUCAAGCAGGGUUACUGGCCUGGCCUGGAGUCCUCAUGUUGAUGGUGCCCUUGUAUCAGUAUCAUAUGAUGGAAAUGCUCUGGUAUGGAAUGUGACAGAGAAUGUGAUACUUGCUUGUUACAGUGGACACCUAGGUAAACUGUUGUGUUGUCAAUGGAGUGGCCUUGAUCCUGGAGAGGUCAUCACUGGAGGAGAUGAUUUCAGCGCUCAUAUUUGGCAGAUAAAAGAUCACCCUGUGAAACCUGGGCAGCUUGAUACUACAAAGCGUAAGAAGAAAUUUGAAAAAAAAAGAAUUGAGAGAAUUGAUGUUGAAAGUGUUCCUAUAGAAAGGAUUGAUAAAAAGGACAUGAUGGUGACAGAUCAAGAUGACAUAAAGAUACUCCUGGAAGAAAAGAGGAAAGAACUGAUGAAGAAAGACAGACAUGAUAUAGACAUCACUCAAAGAAGAAAGCAAAAGCCAAAGUCGAUGUUUCCAGAAACAAACAAACGGGACAAUCGGGGAAAACUAUAUCUUUUAAAAGACCUUGUGAUAUUAGCUAAACUCAUAUAUGGAGAGAAGACUGUUCUAGAGUUAGGACAUGACAUUACCCAUUUAGGGCUAUUUUUAGACAGAAGAGCUGUAUAUGCUUGCUUGGCAGUAGAAGGAGAACAUCACCGUAACAAUGAGAACAUGGACUAUUUCUACCAGUUAGAGAUCUGGAAGGGCAAUAUUAAUGGUGCAUUACGAGUAGCAAGACAGAGAGAUGAACUCACAGACUGGCUAGUUGCAAUGGCACCCAUGGCUUCCUAUGACACUUGGACAUCAGUGUGUGAAGAUUAUGCUGUACAGUUAGAGAUAGAUGGACAGUACCAUAAGGCUGCCAGCUACUUUCUAGCCUGUCACAAGGUGUAUGAGGCAAUCAGGCUCUUCAAGAGGCAUAAACUAUUCAAGGAAGCCAUAGCUUUGGCUAAAUCCAGAUUGUCUCCGUUAGAUCCAGCCCUUGAAGAGUUAUACACAUUGUGGGCACAACAACUCACAAAAGAUGGAAAUUAUGAGCAAGCCGCUAAAUGUCACUUGGCUAUGAAGCAGGUUCAGGAUGCUGCCAAGUUGUUGGCAAGACGAUAUGACCAGUCUAGUUUGCGUACAGCUGCUCAUAUCUCCAUGAUUGGAAAUGACAAACAACAAGGGUUAAUGUACACACAAAAAGUGGUCCAUCAGCAAAUCUUACAGCAUGAGUGGAAGGAUACAUAUAAGUUUUUGAGAGAGAAAAAAGAUUUACAGGUAUACCUGGCUACAAGCAGUAUGCAUGAAAUGUUGAGUUGUGAGUUAGAUAGACUUGGCAUACACCCAGUCAACCAGGACAUGCUAACCAAAUGGGACCAACAGGCUUCCAAUAAAAUACAGUUACCAGAUUUCAUCCUAGACCCUGGAGAUGUUAGUAGUUUAUCUCCAUGGCAACUACAUUUGAUCAGAGGUCAUACAUUUCCUCAUCAUGUUUUACGUAUAUGGUACAGUCAUUUUGAUAUUGCCAUGGAUACAACAAGUGUGGAGGACAUGUAUAAAACAUUAUGUCUUUUGCAUGCUGGAAGACAGUCACAGGUGGAAUUGCCACAAAUUCUUAUACAAGUUUGUACAGACCUGACAUUAUGUAUGUUAUCAUUGAUGAUGUCAGAAACACCAACAGCCAUGUCACAUCUUCUACAGGCCAUUGGCAACUUACAUGAGGCAGGACAUGUGCAUGUGAUGCAAGGCAUUCUUAGACUCUUUCUGCCUCAGGGACCAAAGUAUAUUCUAAAGUUACAACAGGAAGUGACAGCAAUGAGGGUGAUGAUUAGUAUGGAUACUCAUUCCCAUGUUGAUGGAGCAUCAAAAGUUCAUACAAUUAAACGCUACCUUUCUGAGCACAAAGAUGAGAGUUUUAUAAACACAAGCCAUCUGAGAUGUAGAGAACUUGAUUGUCUGAGAGCAUACUACUAUGUGGCUAUUCUUAACUUUCUGAAAGAGAGUUGCUUUAUAGAGGAGGCAACAAAAGUAGGUGAACAUAAAGAAGAUUUAACGAAAGAUGAGAGUGACAGAUCUGCAUGUGAUACAGUAGGUAAUAUACCAGGAAACUUGACAAAAUUUACUGUCCUUUCUAGUCUUGAUGAAAAUGCCAAUGCAGAUAGUGUGUUCAAGACAGAAGAUAUAGAAAAUGCUAAUGUAGAGCUAGAAGAUAAUAUCAGAGUAGUACAUAACAGGGAAAGAGAAGUGGAGGGGGGUGAAAGCACUGACAAGACAUUUCCAAGAGUAGAUAGCACUGAAUGCAAAAAUUUUAAACCAAAAAAUGAUAACAAUACAGUUUUUGUAAAACCUAAAGAACAGCCAAAAGUUGAAAGCACAAAUCUAAGUAUUAAGCAUACAAGAUCGCAGGUGAGCCCAGUAUUAUAUGUGAAUCAUUACUCUAUCACAGUUGGACAAUUGUCUCAGCUAGCUCAAGGUGUAUUGUGGGAUCUGCAAGCCAAAAGAUAUGCUUUAACAGAGACUUUAGGUUACAUCCAUAAAGCCAUAUCACAGUUGCUUUUGUCUAAGAACACUCAGCUUUCAGAAGCUGCAGAGUCCAAUGUAAAAGAGAAAGAAAAUGAAGAACAAGAUUUAGGAGAAACCCAAGAUGGCCACUCAGAAGAAACUUCUGAAAAUGGGGCAAGUGCAGAAUCAGUAGGUAAAAGAAAGAAAUCAGAUGGUGCAACAAAUCCUGUGAAGAGUUGUGCAGACAAUCAUACAGUUCCAGAAGGUGCUGUUGCCAUGACAACUGAAAUAUCUUCCAAACAAGACAAUCAAAUGAAUACCAGCACAGUAUUGAAUACAGACACACAUACAUGUUUGCAUCACCAUAAACAUGCAGAUGAUCACAGUGAGGGACAUAUGUGUCAUACAAUGUUAAGUCAGCAUUUUGAUCAUAUGUUGAAUUUUCAUGUGCCUCAUGCUGGAGAUGUUCCAGUGCAUUGUGAAACAGAGACAGAACUGAAAUGCAGUUUUUUUGAAGUGUGUUCAUCUUGUGAAAUGUUACACAAAUCACGAAAAAUUUUGUUUGAGGAUGAACCCAGGUUUCAGACUCGGCCAGAUGUUGGAUUCAAAGACAUGACAAACAUCACAAAUCCUGCCAAAUAUAUCAAUGUACCUGAUGAGUGGUAUGGUAUGCCUGUCGACCAGAAAUACUUUAAACGAUACAUAACUAUGGCCAUAUUAAAAGAUGAGCAAGAAUAUGUAAUGGGAGAAUUAAAGAGAGGUCCAGAUAGUACACAGUCACCAUUUCCUAAUCCAUUGGAGUCUGUUAGCGUUUUGGUAGACCUGGCCAACCACUCUUCACAUAUAUCAACUAUGGAGCGACAAGAAUUUGUACAGAAAGUCAUCACAUGGGCACUAAAGUUUGCUAUUACCACAGACCAGAAACAAACAUUUGUUGGGCUUCUACAAUCAAAUUUGGAAAGUUAGGAAAUACCUAAUUUCUGGGCUCCAUAUCAGCGUCAUUUUAUGUUGUUAGCUUGACUUUUUUUUUUUAUGCCACCACAGCAUCUGCGAUGCGGUGGCAUAUAGCGAUUCACCUGUGUGUGUGUUUGUGUGUUAUAUAGAUUAUAUAGUGAACUUAAAAAAUCUUCUUGUGAAAAACCACUUGUCCAAUUUCAACCAAACUUGGCAGGAUUGAUCCUUGGGUGAAGGGCUUCCAAAGUUGUUCAAAGAAUUUCAUUCCAUGCAGAAAUCUGGUUGCCAUGGCAACCAAAAGGAAUUAUAAGAAUAAAUUUAAAGACCCAAAAGGCCUAGAGCUUAGAUAUUUUGCAUAAGGCAUUGUCUGGUAGACCUCUACCAAGAUUGUUCAAAUUAUAACCCUGGGGUCAAAAUCGGCCUGCCCCGGGGGUAAUUGAUUUUCACUAUAUGUACAUAUAGAAAAAUCUUGUUAACUCUCUAAUAGCCACUGUUUUGAUCCAAAUAUUCAGGAAAUUGGUCUGCAAGUUUGUUUUGAUGAUUUCUAAGCUCAUAUUGGAAUAUGGGUCACCUUGGGUCAAAAACCAAGUAAACCCACCCAAAUAUGGAAAAACCUUGUAAACACUCUAAUGGUCACAUUUUUUACUCAAUUGUCAUCAAACUUGGUCAGGAUGCUUGUCUAGUUAAUUGUUCGGGGGAGUUCAAACAUGAUCACAGGAGCUAAAAAUAGAAAAAUCUUGUUAACUCUCUAGUGGCUAUACUGUUGUUAUCCAAAUAUCUUGGUCUGCAAGUUUGUUUAGGUGAUUUCUUAAGGGAUCAACUUCAUACUUCAAAUAUAUGUUCCUUAUCAUCAACCACAUCUUAUGUGACAAGGUUCAUAACUCUAGCACAAAUAUCGCAAGAAUUAUCUCCCCAUAAACUUUACUUUACUUGAAAAAUGUUAUUUUUUACUAUAACUUCUUUAUUUCUUAAGGGAUCAAACUUCAUACUUCAAAUUCUUAUUCCUUAUCAUGAAUUACAUCUUAUGUCAAAAGGUUCAUCACUCUUGAAGCAAUAUUUUCAGAUUUAUCUUUCUUUGAACUUAGGAUUUUCUUUAAGAAAUAUUAUAACUUUUUUACUUUUUAAGGUAUCUACUUCAAACUUCAAAUAUAUAUUUCUUAUCAUUACACACAUGUUGUGUGACAAGGUUCAUAAAACUGGCUUGACUAUUUCCAGAAUUAUUCCCCCUUGAACUUGGAAUUUAUGUUAACAAAUGUUAUUUUUAUGCCCCCAGGCAUAUAGUGAUUGAACUGUCCGUCCGUCUGUCCGUACGAGGUUAACCUAGAACGGCAAGUUGGAUUUUUCUUAAGUUCUACCUGUACCAAUGGCUUCUAAGUUUACACACUUAUCAAUACAAAGUACAUGAUCUGGGCAAGUUACAUAACUCUGGCUUUCAUAUUUACCAAGUUAUUGCCCUUUUCAGCACUUAGAAAAUGAAUAAUGGUUAACCUAAAACGGCAAGUUGGAAAUAUCUUAAGUUCUAUCUAUACUAAUGGCUUUAUAAUUUCCACACUUACUUAUCAAUACGAAGUACAUGAUAUUGCCAAGUUAUAUAACUGUGUCAUCAAAAUUUCAGUUAUUUCCCUUUUUUCACUCCUUGUCUGGUUAACCUAUUCCGGCAAGUUGGAUUUAUCUUAAAUUUCUCCUAAUUGCUUAAUUUCUUUAAUGAUAUCGUUCAUAUUUAGUAGGUGGAUACCUUUGAUGGUCCUCUAAUUUUUUGUGGAGUAAGCGGUCUCUAGGGUCAAGGUAACUGGUUUAAAAAAUAAAUAUAAACAUUUUUGCUCAUACAGCCUUUAUAUUUUAUGUGAUGUCUUAGAUUAAUACAAACAUGCCAAGGGAGGUCCUCCUUCUUUGGGUCUAGUAAGGGGUCAUUUGGGUCAAGGUCAAUGUUACCAAUAUCAAGGUCACCAAUGUUAAAAAUAGAUUUUUACAUUUUUACAGGUGUAUUGACCUUAUUCUAUAGACAGAUGUUAUUUAUAAUUGAUAGAAACAUAAACUUUGAUGGAGUUAGUGGUCAGUUGGGUCAAGGUCACCAGUGCUAAAAAUAGAUUUUUACACAUUUGCUCAUACAGCCUUUAUUAAGUGACAGAUAUAUUUUAUAUUUGGUAGGAAGAUAACUUGCAUGGUAUUCAUCCUUUUGAUUGGGGUAGGGAUCAGUGGGUCAAGGUCACUUUGCUAAAAAAGAUUUUUACACUUUUGCCCGUAUAGCGGUAAGCUGUGGCAUAUAUAAUUGUCACUAAGUAAUUAUGUGACAAGUGCAUGGCUCUUUGGCAUGAUGUAUCAAUAUAGAUCUUAAAGCUACAUUGAAUAAAUAUGUAAAUAUAUUUUGCUGUCUGUCUAAAAACCAAGCAUUUUACAGCUUAAUUAACCUUUUAAACAGUAUUGUUGUAAAUCUCAUCAAAUAUUGUUCAUAAAUAGGGAUUUUAAACGGAAAACCCCAUGGUAACACUGAAGUUUGUAUACAAAUUUUAACAUGCAAAUGAAGACUAUAAUUAGCUUGUGUAUGCGCUAUGUCACAGUUGCUAUAUAUAUAUCAAUAUAUAUAUUUAUUGAUAAAUAUAAAUAUAUUAAUUGAUAAAGUUGCUAUACGGAACAGAGCAAAUAUGAGAGUUUUAUUUGCAAACACACUUUAACUGCUUCAGCUUCAAGGUGCAUUAGGCCUGGGGUUCAGAUAAAAGAUUAAAUUUGUAUGAAAACAUCCUUUACAAUGCGGAAAUAUACUGUUAAAUUAGGACUGCUAUUCAUAGUCAUGUUUGUUAAUUUAAUAUUGAUGUACGAAUGAUCUGAAGGCGGAGUUUCUCAUGCAAAAACAAAAAUUGUACUUUGGAUUUCACCACAAUGAGGUUGCCCAUUUUUUAUGCUUAUAAAACUCAUUUAGGUUGCCUCCACACCAAAAUAAGAUUUAGAAUUGAUAUAAAAUAGAUAAAUACAGAAUCCCUAAAGAAAGCCCAACACGGCAAAAUUGAAAAUGUUGCAGGCUCGGUUUGAUUGAGCCUGUUCAUGGACAGUACUGGAAAAUGCAAGUUACCGUCCACGCCCCCUAGCACUGGCUUAAGCAGAAUUCAACAUUUUAAACAUGAAAUAGUAAAAUUUUGAAUUUAGAAACAUCCGCAGAUGUGUUCAUACGGCGGUUAUGAAACCCUAUUUAUUAAUGAUAUAUAUCGCUAUUUCAGUUUUUAUGAAAAUUAUUAAAUGUUGCUUUAAUAUUGAUAAUUGAAAUCAAACAUGUUUUGGACAAAUGUUAUAAAUGUGUAUCCUCUCUGUUUUAAAAAUUAGUUUUGAUUACUUUAAAUGUUAUUUACUUAAAACAAAUUUAAAUUCGGGCGUAAUUCCAUAGCUAAUCGGUGCUCUUGUUUUUUUAUCUUCAGAUAUAGCAAAAAAAAAUCACUUAAAAUUGGUGACAGAAAUGUAUUAUUAACAACUGAAAAAAAAACAGAUAUGAGCCACGCCAUGACAAAACCAACAUAAUGCGUUUUGCGACCAGCAUGGAUCCAGACCAGCUUGCGCAUCCGCCCAGUCUGAUCAGGAUCCAUGCUGUUCGCUAACAAACCUUACUACAAGUAGAGAAACUGAUAGCGAACAGACUGUGCUUUUUAAGUCUUCAAAUUUACAUACAAUCAAAUAUUAGACAAUAUGUCAUGUUCGCUCUAUAAAUCCUAUAUUAAUUGAAAAAUUUUCUUCAAACUUUACUCAAAUGUUCACCCCAACUGGGCAAUGUGCAGAGCCCAUCUUAACCUUUUGCCGGCUUAAUGUCAAGGUCACAGUUGAAGGUCAAAAAUUAGAAAAUGUUCACAUGUAUUUGAAUAUUUCUAAAACUAGAACAGAUAAUCAUUUGAAACUUCAAAUAUAUAUGAAGUGUCGCAAGUAAGAUAUGCAGGUCAAGUUUCAUAACUAAAAAAAGUGUGUGUGGGGGGGAUAACUUUGUAUUGUAUUUUGACAAAGUAAGGUCCAUUUUUAUGUCUCUAAAUUUAUUUACUAUAAUAUUUCUUAAACCAGAACAUAUAUUUACUUGAAACUUAAAAUUUAUAUGAAUGGUUACAAGCAAGCUCAGAUGAGGAUAAUUCUACAAUUCCAUUGAAUUAUGACACAAGUUAUGCCCCUUUUAGGCUUAGAAAAUGUUCUGAUAUAACCAUUAAUACUUAAAUACUAGAACAGAUAUUCACUUGUUUAUUCAGUUCAUAAUUUAUCACAAUAUCUAUACUGUUAUAACUAACCUAAAUAUUUCAGUCACAUAUGGACAUUUAUUUUCCCAUUUAUUUCAACUUUAAUAUAUAAUGAUACUGUAUACUUACCAGUAAUACAUGUAAAUAUUCCAUUAGACACUGCAAAAUAACUGACCACUAAUAAAUAUUUUCAUAGAAAUUUACAUUAACUUUAAUAGCUCUGAAACCAGAACAAAUAUUUACUUGAAACUAUAUAAUAUAUGAAGGGUCACAAGUAAGCUCAGUAUACAAAGUUUUUCCACUCUUUAAGUACAUUUUGACAUAAUUAUGCUAUUUUCUUAACUUCACUGCUUCUGUUUGUUUUAGUACAUUGGGAAAAUGAAAGGUUAUUUGUAACUGUUUCGAACAUGAUUUGACAAUAUAUAUUUAUACUAUUACCUGUACAAUUUGUCUUUUUUUCACCAGAGAUAAUUUCUUUUUAUGUGUAUGUGUUUGUGCCACUUAAGUUAUUCCCUUAACCACCUUUCCAAGUCGUCUUUUGUCAAGGACAUUGGUGGGGGUAUGAAUUGCAUUCAGCGAUAGUUCUAGUUGAUGGAAAGGAUUCAUACUUGGACAAAACAACAAGUGUGACUAGACAGACCUAUUAAAAUAAAAUAAUGGAAAAACUCUUUUAUCCUUUAAUUUUCUUUUUAUUGUUUUGUUUAAACCGUUUCUUUGUUUGCUUUUAGUCAGAAGUAAAAAUGUCGAUCAUUGACUCCACAGUGGGUGGCCGGUGGCUUAUGUUAAUUAUGCCCCCCUUCGAAGAAGAGGGGGUAUAAUAAUAUUGUUUUGCUAAUGUCUGUCGGUCUGUCCGUCGGUAGACCACAUGGUUUCCGCUGAUUAUCUUGAAAACUAUGUAUCACAAAGUCUUCAUACUUCACAUAGUGAUUGGUCAUAACUAGUAGAUGACCCCUAUUGAUUUUGGGGUCACUAGGUCAAAGGUCAUAGGGGCCUUAAAUGUCAAAAUUGUUUCCGCUGA